UCGAAAGGAAGGAAUAGCAUGAAUAUAGCAUAGCUUCACGAGCAUGUAAAUUGUAUAUUCAGAUCUGAGCGAACAAGAAAGGAGCGAGAUGGGAAAUGAGAGUAAAAGUAACAGAGUGUUUCAGAUGCUGAAUCGGAUGGUUUCAGAACCUUACUAUCUCUUCCACUUCUUAACCUUCUUCUCCUAUUUCGUCAUUCGCAGCUCCGCAACACAUGUCUUAGCGCCUCACCUCAUUCACAAUCUCCUUCGUCGCGAAAUACAAACGCUGUUAGUGUUCGCCGUAUUGGCAGUCAUCAAGGGAGCAAAAGAAGAAACAUGGGAAGCCUUUAUAGCUGAUGCACUUUUCCUUGCCAAGAUUUGUCUUUUUGCCCUUGCCUUUACAAUGGAUCGCCGGUUAUCUGUUUGGUAUAUUCUUGUAUUUUUAGUGAUACAUAUGCUAACACAACAACCUGCAUUCCAAGGACUAGGUACUUCUAGCAAGCUAACACCAUUGCAGUUGGAAAGCCUACUGACAGAGGGAAACACUACAAGAUUGUGGCUGGUGGAAUUUUGUGCUUCGUAUUCAUCUGCAUGCAUUCGCUCGAGUCAACAUUUUCCUGAGCUCUCAAUUACAUAUUCAAGCAAAAAUUUAUCAUUUGGAAUAGUUGAUCUUGGACUCUUUCCCAAUGCCGCUGAAAAUUUUGGAAUAUCUCUUAGCGGAAGCAUGGGUCAGCUUCCAACGUUUAUCUUAUUUGAGAAUGCAGCUGAAGUUGCCCGCUUUCCAGAGUUGGAUUUUGAAGCAACAUUCUUUCACAACCCUACAAUUACAAAGGGACUUCUUUCUCGACAUUUCGAGCUUGAUCGGCACCUUCUCGAAUAUGUUAAUGGUAAAUAGGGAAUAAUGGUACAAGUUGUUGACUGCGAUCUAGUCUAGUCUCUCCACUCUAAUUUAUGCUAUUACACGUAGUGGCAUCUAGAGGUGUGCACUGUCCAGUUUGGUUGGAUUUUCUACAUCGAAAGAACCGAAUCGGUAAAGUGGUUCGGUUUGAGUAAAUCGAACCGGUUUCAAAAAUUGAUUUGGUUCUUGAACCUGUUUGAAAAAAAAGUAAUUCAGUUCUUAAAUUGGUUCGGAAAAAUAUGACGUUGUUCAGUUUAAUUCGCGAUUUAGUUCGGUUCAUUUUGUUUUUUCUCACACUUAAAAAUGAUUUGGUUUUAGCUCAAACUUAACUGAAUUGGUAAAAUGCUUAGGUUCAUGAACCAAAUUGAUUUUGAAAAAUUGGUUCGGUUCUUGAUGUGAUUCGAAGAAAAAUGAUUCAAUUCUUGAACCGAUUCAAAAAAUGGGGUUAUUUUGGUGCCAGUCGGAUCAA